AUGUCCGGCAGCGGUGUCGAACAGCCGUCUGGUGUUCGGAAUCACGACCCGCCUCCGUUUGGGCGUCAAUCCUCAGCGCCCACCUUCAGCCAAUCCGCUCGCCGCAGCUCCUCCACCACCUUUGAGCCCUCCCCGGUCGUUCCCUCCGUCUCGAAUCCCACGUAUACCUCCCUUCGAUCAGGCCUCGACCCCGCUCACCCUUUGGACCCCGGUGUACAAUCACAUCAGGACCUUGGGGGGCGUGACUCUCCCAAUCCGGACGACUUCUACCGAAGUGAAGGUGUGCCCGCGACAACCGAUGGCCAGGCCGGAAUCGACAAUGUGACAACUGGAAGGAUGGCAGCUGGCUAUAGCGACCUGACCGACAGGGUGUCCCCGUUGCCAGCAGACAAUUUAGACUAUUCGCGCGCUAGACGGCCAGCGUAUCGAUCGACCUCUGAUUCGCCUGCUUUGAGAGGUCCGUCAGUAUCGGUAUCUUCCACUUCUUCAAGAGCCCGCCAACCUUCUUUCAAAGACCUGGUCAACAAAUUCAACAAAACCUCUGACGAGAUUCUUCCUUUACCUACCCUCUCUCGAUCUACCUCCCGAGCUGCAAGUCCCUCUGGUAGCUUUGACAGCGACCACCCCUCACGAACCUUGCCGCAACGGCGUCAUCUGCGCGGCGAAUCUCCACCGCCAGUCUUCGCCACGAGCAACCCUAGGCUGCAGGUUGAUCCUACACCUUCGUCACCGGAGCUUGAGCGCCCCGGACCAGAUCCGUUAAAUACGGAAACCGUGAUCCCUCCUCCGCUCUUCCAGCGCAUCCCGAUAUCGCAUCCUCGACGGCCACUGUUUGGGGAGUUGUUAUCGGUGAAUACUCAGCUGAACAACUUGGGAUUUGGUAUCCCUUCGCAUAUUAAACGCCGAGGCUCUGAAGGGAGCCUGCCCAGUCCGAAUCCAGCCUUCCUCGACCAAUCGCAGCCUUCAUCAGCUCGGUCGCCAUUAACCCCAACCGCGUGGUAUCUAGGCCAGACAAGCUCUCUCGAAGCAGUGGGAUCAUCGAACAGUAAUAGCAGCUAUCAUCGCAGAGCUCGAAGCGAUUUAGCUGGUAAUCCCUCGAGGGAGCCCCUUGCUGAUCCGUGGACUCCCGAUAUGGCGGUUUCAGUGCCCUUGCGGCAAACAAAGCCGGGUGAUGGGUCUCCCGGCAGCCCGAAUUCCAGAUCCCGCAUUCCUGUCUCAUCACACCGUCCACCAACUGCUUCCGGCCCAGAGAGCCAGUCACCGACCUCGAAUUCCACCUUCAGCAGUCGGUCGUCCGCCAUUCCUCUGGCUCCGAAGGGCAGCAGCCGCCUUCCCAAACCGUCUGGAAAGGACAGCCCGCCCCGCAUGGCGGAAACCGGCCCCGCUUCGUUUGCGAUGACGGCGCGUGGCAGACGUGAUAUGACGAUCGGCCGAAGCCGUACCCAAGUUCCCGAGCGAAGCCAGCUUCUCCAAGCAUACAUUGCUGCACCACCUCCGAAGAAAUCACCGCCAUUGCGCAGCUCACGACCUCGUCAGCCCGUCUCACACGGUGGACCAAUCUCUCCGCGGUCUCGAAUUGGCGAUAGGAUAUCCACACUCCAACAAAGAUCCGAUCGAGAUAUCGAGCCACCACGCAGCCCUCGCACACGACCCCGGCGAUUGCCCGAACUGGGUAAUGUCGAUUUCGAAACUCGCCGACAGCGAAUUCAACAAGCUUUCAAUCGCACAGUCCAGGAGAAUGAGCGAAAGGAGGAAGCCGCUGCCGAACUUCGACGCCGUGCUCGAGAACAAGAAAAAGCAGCUCACGGAGACGCCGACACUCCAACGGACGAGCAGGCGACAACCCCCAGUGCUGCCACGGCUAAUAAUAACAAUCUGCCUUCCGAAGAGAUGGCUACGAUAACUCAGUGUGUCAGUGUUACUACGGACGGGGACAAGCAACAACGCACCGUUCCUCAACUCCACCUGAAUACAGCGAUAGAAAUUACGGAAAGCCCUGCACCGCACACGACAAUGGACUCCCCGACUUUGGGGAAUCCUGAGGGGAUUCAUCGCGAGCCACGUGAUACGGCGCCUGAUCAGAAUCACGCCGACGACAUCGAGCCCAAAUCAGCCGUCACGACAGGCUCGAGUGAUACCCACGUUACCCAGUUUGAUCCCGAGCCCCAGUCUGGUUUACUUGAGAGGAAACCCAGUUUGUCUCAUCGGACUCUGUUGAACCACAUAAUGCAGAUCCGCGAAUCAAGCUCGAGCAGCGAUUCCUGUGACGAGCCCGACUGCAGUCUUUCAGAGAAUGACGACAAGGCAUCGAUCAAGAUCAUGCUCCGCGAGUCCCCGUACUUGCGCUCUGGCAGUAGCACGGAUACCGAAGAACCCCGAUCUGCCCCUUUGCCGCAAGCCCAGACUGGUGAUAACCCUCAGAACCGGUGGAGUUUGAGUUCAUGGGAUUCGUCCGUCCACCACAACCAGACAUCCACUUGUGAUGAACAUUGCGAGGAAAGUGGCGAUGAUGCAGCUUUGCAGGAUGACCAGGCGACGGAGCCGGCAACACAAUCUUGUUCUGCGGCCUCGACAAGCCCACCCUCGUUCGAUGAGAAUGACACUACAUCUCCUAUCCAAACAGACAUCGGCUUGAUGGGACCGGACACCGUGGAGUCCAUGCAGCAGCAACAAUCUGGCCAUCCCUUCUCCACUCCUCCCAGUCUAGCUAAGCAAGGCCGCUGGGACUCUCGCCGUGUUACUCAACUCUAUCUAGAGGAAUUGACUCGAGGAAGGGCCAACAACAGCGGCAGCAACCCUGGCAAUAACAUGAGCAAUCCCCCUCUUUCGGCAGUCCGCACAGCUCAUUUUGCUCCACCCCGAGCCCAUGAUCAGAGGGAUAGCCUGACAGAUGAUCCAGUCCUCGUCCCUCGGUUCCAGGAAAUUCCAGUGGCAGACAUCAUACCAGGAUUUCAAGAGUUACCAAGACCGGAGCAGCAAAGAUCGGAUCAUUUCUCUCCUUCUGCAACUUUGGCUGGACCAAGUGAUUGGGAACAUGCAUCUCCAUCUAUCAUGGACUGGAUGCAGAUUGCUGCUGAAGACGAGGCUAUCACUCCCGGAAGCGAAAAGGACGAUGUAGCUCCCGAUGGUCUACCCACUCCACGCCUGCAAAGAGCCGCAGUUGAGCUAGAGGCCUCGAGGAGUUACGAUUCCGGUCUCGGGCUAUCUAUCAAUAUCCAGCCGCCAGAUCGUGAGCCUGCGGAACUCCCUGCUGACACGUCCCGCUCCGGCAAUGACUUGCACACAAAGCCCCAGGUCCUUCCCGAUGUGCCACAACUGCGCGCUACACACAGCACCGAAAGCAGUGAAGAUUCAUCAUUCCAACACGUAGACUCCGCUCAGUCACCUCAGGCCGCGGACUCGUCUGCGACGUCUCUGGCUCCAUCUGCUGAACAAUCUAUGCGUGCCGAGCCGCGCAAGUCCCCUUCACCCGAGCAGCGACGUCUGAAGAAACGGCGUCAUGUCAUCAAGGAGCUUGUUGAUACCGAAUAUACAUUUGGUAAAGAUAUGAAGGUGGUCGAUGAUAUCUACAAAGGCACUUCUUCGUCUUGUCUGGAUCUCUCCGCAGAAGAUGUCAAGAUUCUGUUUGCCAACUCGGACCAGGUUGCGCAGUUUUCAUUCAACUUCCAGGACACGCUGAAGAGAGCCGCUCGCAGUGUCUACAUUAUGCCCAAGUCUCAGCGCUGGAGCAGCAAGCGCAGUGCACGUCACAAUCGUUCUGCCGAUGCUGCCGAGGACCAGAAUGGUGCCGACGGCGGCACAUCUGAUCUCGAAAAGGACCGUGCCACUGCCAUUGGCGAGGCCUUCAUCCUUCACAUUGCCCAAAUGGAGAAGGUGUAUACUGAGUAUUUGAAGAACCAUGAAGCUGCCAACAAAAAGCUUCAAAUUCUCCAGCGCAACCAGAAAGUGUCCAUCUGGCUGAAUGAGUGUCGCGAAUGGGCGUCAGAUCUUACUAGUGCGUGGGAUCUUGACUCCCUCCUCGUCAAACCUGUACAACGAAUUUUGAAGUACCCGCUCCUCCUGUCCGAGCUUCUGGAAUCAACCCCCAGCGACCACCCGGAUCGUAUUCAUCUCCAGAAUGCUCUGCAAGAAGUCACUGAUAUCUCUGUCCGAAUCAACGAGAUGAAGAAGCGCGCAGAUUUGGUUGGCCAAGUCGUUGGUCGCAAGCGCAACCAGUCCGACGUACGAGCAGGUUUGUCCAAGGCAUUUGGUCGCCGCACGGAGAAAUUGCGCCAACAGGUCGGUCUUUCGGAAAUGUUCCAGGACAAAGAAUAUGAUUAUCUGUUCCAAAAGUUCGGUGAACACUUUGCCGAGCUGCAUGUGAUCAAGAAUGAUGUGGUGAUAUAUAAGGAGAACACCAACCAAGCAAUGAGGCAGCUUGGUGCAUAUAUCGGGGCCAUUGAAAAGGUCAUCGAUGUGGUUCCUUCCAGCUAUCCCGAGUUGGAGAGUAAGUGGCGACGCUUCAAUAUGUCGUUCCAGGAGAUCAUUAAUGUCGCGCUUCCUGAACAUCUUGAUUUGAUCACUAAGCGCGUCCACGAUCCGUUCGAGUCUAUCAUCCGACUCUACCAAGGACCUGAGCGAGUCAUGAGGAAACGCAACAAGCGUCUUCCAGAUUAUGCUCGCUUCAAGGCUGCCAAGGACCGCGGUGACAAGCCUGACAAGAAAACCACCGAACAAGGUGAGCAGUUCAUCGCUCUGAAUGAGACUUUGAAGGAUGAAUUGCCCAAACUCUUUGCUUUGACGGGUAAACUUACCGAAGCUGUGAUGGCAAACCUGCUCCAACUCCAAACAGAGUGGUGGAGCAUGUUCCAGACGAGAAUGGAAGCUCAUGUCGACGCCUUCCCUGAGGACUUUAGCAAGAUGAUCAACGACUGGAGCAGCGACUACAGCUUUGCCGAAGCCCAGGUUCUUUCACUCGGUGUCUGCAAUGGUUCUUUGCUGGCCGACACCAUCAACUUGAUGAACUUCAAUACCCCUUCCAACGUCAAUUCCCCCCGUCGUCCUUCCACCGUGAACAGCUCUUCCCACCGACCUGGCUCAAUGGGCGAGGACUCACCAAAGGUCUCCACCGACUUUAGCGUCGCUCAGCUCUUCCAGUCUCCCAAUAUGAGCCAGUCCGGCACAAGUCGUCACCGAGCAGACUCUUCCUUCUCCGGGCGUGCGCCUUACUCAGAUACUCCAGACCUGGGGCGAAGCCAACUCUUGCAGCAAGUGACCAACACUUCUGGUUCUUCGUCAGAGAUGCGGUCCGGCACUGAGCCCUUCCCCAGUCUGCCAAGUCUGAGUUUGGACACGCCUUUCCUCGCCGAUGUGAUCAGUGCAUCAAACAGUGAGAACAACCCGCCAACUUCUCCCACUGAUCGAUACUCCGGCUUCUUCUCUUCCGCCAUGCCAAUGUCGGACACUCCCAACGAGGUCGAAGUCCACCGGGGUCCCAAGAUUCUUCCCGAGGGAGCCAAAGUCCUCUUCGUCGCCGCCAGCCUAUACAAGUUUGACAUUGACCGUCCCCGGAGCGAGGCAGGUUUCCCAUACCUGACCUACGAGUCCGGGGCGGUCUUUGAUGUCUACGGCGAGAAGGGUGAACUUUGGCUCGCCUGCAACCAGGACGAGAAUUCGGAGGACCUGAAUGUCUCGCCCGAAGAACUUGCGGCGAUGGACCCCGGUGCUCGAUCGAUCACGUUGGCAGAAAUCCAACGGCGGAAGACGGAGAAGGAGAAGACUCUCGGGUGGAUAUGGAACAAGCAUUUCGUGAAGCUGGCGUGA